AUGGUUGUUGGGACACACUCCGCGUGCCUGGUGUGGGACUCGUCGUGCGGAAAGACAGGCAACUGCUGGCUCUACGACUCCGACAAGUUCAGGGUCAUCUUACACCUCGUGCCUGCGGUCCUCGUGCUUGUGUCCGUGCUCGGGGAUAUCGUCGUCUUCCACUACAGUCGCCGGAUGGACUUGUAUGGCGACAGGGAAGACCAGGCACAGCUGGACAGAGCUCGGCGUGUGGGCGGGGAGAGCGCUGUGGUCUGCAGGAGCCAGAAUCUUGGUCCAGCUGUCGACUCUUAGAACUGGAGCCCGGCGGUGUUUAUCAAGGAUUUUUCUUUCUUUCUUUAUAGUGCUGUUGUUAUGUUUUUAUUUUUGUUGUCAUUGUUAUUGUUAUUUUUGUUAUUAUUAUUAUUAUUUUUUAUUAUUAUUAA